CAUUUAUAUUAGUAUGGUAUGCAAUACCAACAUCCACAGAUUCUGAUUGAUUCUGAUACAUACCGAGUAACUGAAUAACAUUUUCUCUUCACAACACAACCAUCAAAAGUUUACUUGAUUGUGGUCGAAUGGUUGAUUAGUCAGUAGCGAUACCGGAAUCAUUCAGAUACAUCAACAUAAAAUGAUCGACAAAUUAUAUUUACAAUAAUACAGUGCACUUGUCAAAAAAACAGGAUAUAAUAUUGUCAUGUACUGUAACUAUGAAUAAAUUAACCAAAUAAUCUGUGAAUUGAUAAAAUGGGAUCUAGAUUAAGGCAAAAUGUUAAACAUUUGUUCGAGUGUUUUUGUGAAGUGGCUGCUCCAGUUGGUGAGAAACCACCAUGGAUUUUACAAAAAUAUCCAGAAUCAUUUGUAGAUAAUGAAUUAUUAAAGUCAGUGCCUAAAUUUUCUUACCCAUGUGAUUUUGAAAAGAUUACUGUACAACAUUUUUCAUUUGUACUGACGAGUAUCGAUUCUAAAUGGACUUUUGGUUUUUGUCGACAUGAUCCAAAAACAGAAACUGCUUUAGUUAUUUUGAGUUCACUUCCUUGGCACGAAAUGUUUUAUAAGCUUUUGAAUCUUAUUGCGACUCUGACAACCAGCAGCAAUAGUGGGGAUUUAUGGAAAUUUCUUGGAGAUGUUUACGCUAGUAAUGUUCCCAUGCCUGGAACAUCAGUUACGAUACCAUUACCUGAUCCAAAUAUUACGUAUACUUGUCAAAGUCCACGACAGUUUGAGCUCCCUAGUAUACCUGAAAAUCGAAAUUUAACAGAAUAUUAUAGUGCAGUUGAUUCGCACAAUAUGAUUGUAAUAUUUGCAUCAAUGUUAUAUGAACGUCGUAUAAUAUUUACAUCUAAACGUCUAUCAAGGCUGAGUGCAUGUGUUCAAGCUUGCAAUGCCUUAAUAUAUCCAAUGAUUUGGCAGCACAUAUAUAUACCAGUUUUACCUGUAGCUCUAAUAGAUUAUUUAUUAGCACCUAUGCCAUUUUUAAUUGGCGUUCCUACUCCGAUUCUUGAGCGAGUACAAAAAAAUGAUUUGGGUGAUGUUGUAGUACUCGACGCUGACAACAACAAAAUAGAAUCACCAUUUCAGGAUUUAGAAUCGUUACCUCAAGAUGUUAUUAAUAAUUUGAGAAAAGCUUUACGCAACAGACCGGCUCUUCUUGGCGAUGGAGUGUCUAGAGCAUUUUUACGUGCACUAGUACAACUUACUGCUGGUUAUCGAGAAGCACUGACACUUCAACAAGGCGAGCGUAUUACGUUUGAUCAAAAUGCCUUCGUUGAGAGUCGGCCAUAUUCAAUGCAACCAUUUUUACGGAAAAUGUUAGAGUUGCAAAUUUUUCAACAAUUUAUAGAGGAAAGACUGCAUAUGCUCAAUUCCGGCCUUGGAUUUUCUGAUGAAUUUGAAAUGGAAGCUUGUAAUUAUUCGGAUAAAUCUAGUAGUAAAAUUAUCCAACAAUAUCGUGAGUGGACAACUACUAUGAAAAAAGAAGGAUCAGCCUUUUUUCGCAGUGUUAAAGAUAAAGCAAACCCGGCCGUUAAAUAUGCCGUUAAAUCAGUUAAAGAUAAAGGGAAAAAUAUGAAGACUGUUUAUAAAGGCUUAAAAUGGAAAAAUCAUUCGCGGGGAAAUGAAAACAGUAUUCGUUUUCACCAGCCUCGUUCGGCUCCCAGUUCACCAACGUCCGAUAGGAAGCUUAAUAUAUUUGGCUCUGGUUUUAAAUCUCCAAGUGGAUUUACCGCAACUACUAGUUACCGAAAAGAACUUCGACUGCGUAAUAGCAACAUUCCCGAUACAAGUAGGAAACAAUACUCUCCAUUGAAUCCAAGCUCACCAGAAGAAUCAGACUCUCUUCCAGAACGAUUAAAUAUAGACUUGAUGAAUGAACUUCAAGAUGUGAUAUUUCCAAAUACACCAGCAGUAGAUAGAACAUUGAAACCAGUGCGCAGUUUAGACAGUUUACGACCUGCAUGGAGUGGGCGCUUGAGGCACGGCUCACCUCCCUCUGUACCUUCCAAUGACACCCUACCAAAUAAAAAUCAUCAAUCUGUUCCUUUAUCAUUUAAACCAUCUAAUAAUAUUGUUUCUAACGUAAAACAGAUAAAGGAUCCACACGAUAACCAGAUUAAAAAAAUAAAAAUUACAAAUCCUCCCGCAUUCUUCACUCAGAAAACAUUUGAAAAGAUAGUCGGUACCAAUUCAAAUAAAAAAAGUAUCCAAUUGAUAAAUUUAACUGAUCCAUUUGUUAACGUUGAUGAAACAUUAAAAACAAGUAAAGAAUUAAACUCAAAUAAUCCUUUUGCGAAUGAUGUAAAUGAAAACCAAUGUGAUCCUUUCGAUACAUCUCCGAUGCAAACUGCUCUUAGUGGUUCUUUUAGUAAUCCUACACAUAACCCAUUAAGAAAGAACUAUUCCUCUUUAAAUAAAGAAUUGUCCUCACGCUCUGCACAUUCAAAGGAAACAGUUGGGGUACCAGACCUAAUUAGACUGGAUUCAACAAAUAGCGAUGAUGAUUUUGAUCCCCUUUUGUCAAAGUCAUUUGUAACCACCAAUCAAAUGUCACAGUCUCUACACAUACCUCAAUCAAGUGAGGGUCUUAGUAAUCCUCUGUAUCCUUAUUUUUUACCUCGGCAUAAUAACACUGAUAGUAAAGUUGGAGUAGAAAAAAAUUCAAAUGAUGAAAUUGGUGACUUGGAUUUACUUCAAGAGUAUGGAUUAGAUUUUCAUAAAUUCAAUUUAACUAAUGGCGCAUCGUCAACAAGGAUAACGGGAACCACUAGUAAUAUUGACAAUGUCUUCGGCUCAUCUUUUUCUACGACUACAGCUAAAUCACAAAAUCAUUGGACUAAAUUUGAAUGAAAUUAUUAUAUUAAUGAUGGAACUGUUCAACAUAUCAUAUUAUUGUACAUAGAUAAAAUUGUUUUGUUACCCUCUACGUUGCGCCAAAAAAGACAAAUAAGUAAGCUUUAAAAUUUCGUUACUUUAUUACUUUUUAGGGCCAGUGUCGUUGAUAAUCUUUUAUUAUUACUAUUGCUCUGGUAGUGAAAGUAAAUAAAUAACUUAAUAAUAUUAUUCUCAAGCAACUUUGGUUAAUGGAAAUGUAGAUUUAAACAGUGAUAUAAUAAAUAAAUUCUUAACAGAUAAAUCUAA